ACUACUCUCCCAUCUCAUGGCUCCUCUUCUUCUCUGUCUCCUCUUCCUCUUCAUGUUCCCUUUGGGAAACAAUGCUCAGGGUCCUCCCUCACCCGGCUACUACCCUAGCUCACGGGUUGGCUCGGUCGGGUUCAACCAAGGGUUCAGGAACCUCUGGGGCUCUCAGCACCAGAGGGUCGACCAAGGCGGGCUCACCAUUUGGCUUGAUCGAACCUCAGGAAGCGGUUUCAAGUCGUUAAAUUCAUAUUCAUCUGGCUAUUUUGGGGCUGCGAUAAAGCUUCAGCCCGGAUAUACUGCUGGGGUUAUUACAUCUUUUUAUCUCUCAAACACUGAACAGCACCCAGGGGACCACGAUGAGAUCGACAUCGAGUUCUUGGGCACGACAGAGGGGAAGCCUUACGUUCUUCAAACAAAUGUAUACGUCAGAGGGAGUGGCGACGGAAAUAUCAUCGGUAGAGAGAUGAAAUUCCAUCUCUGGUUCGAUCCUACCAAAGAUUUCCACAAUUAUGCUAUCCUUUGGAAUCCCUCUGAGAUCAUAUAUUUUGUGGACGAUGUGCCGAUUAGAAGAUACGCGAGGAAGAGCGAUGCGACAUUUCCAUUAAGGCCUAUGUAUGUGUACGGAUCCAUAUGGGAUGCCUCCUCUUGGGCCACCGAAAAUGGCAAAUACAAGGCGGACUACAAUCACCAGCCCUUUGUUGGUAAGUACAACAAUUUCAAGAUCGGCGGCUGCAGGGCCGGCGCCGCCUCGUGCCGACCCGCCUCCGCCUCUCCGUCGGGCGGGCCCGGGCUGAGCCGGCAGCAGUUGGCGGCGUUGGCGUGGGUGCAGAGUCAUUACAAGGUUUAUGACUAUUGUAGGGAUUCUCAAAGGGACCAUAGGCAAACGCCCGAGUGCUAGGAAAGAUCCGCUGCUACGUGUCAACGUUUUGGAGAGUCUUGAGAUGGACCCCACUUCUUCGACUAUGGAUUUUAUAGUAAAAGAGUGUGUAGCGUCCAAGCCUCCAUAAUUUUAAGUUUUGGAAGUUGCUUAUGGUUAAGUUGUGUUAUAUUGAUGUAUGUGUGUGAUUGCUUGUGAGAUGCUUGGUUUGAAGGCAGAAAAUUUGCCAACAAAUGUAUACUGCAUUUUUUACUCAUGAAUUCCAAAGUUUGUAAUAGAUGGUUAAUGGUUAUUAUAUUUUAACUUUAGUUCUGUUUCUUUA